AUGAACGAACAAGGAAUUGAAGUAAUUUACGGCAGUGCUGGCAAUCAAAUAGGAACUUUUUAUAAAUGUUCUUGCUGUAAAUAUUAUUUAGAUAAAGAAGGAAUUAAAAGACACCAGGAAUCAGUAGAAAGUUUAAAAAAUCCAGGAAUAUUUAAUCAUUUUAAGCAA